AUUCGGAAGAAAAAGCGAGGGCUUUUUUGAAAAAUGUAACGUUCAAUCGUAGUGUGCUUUGCCGUGGGAAAACAAUUGCUUUUUUCACGAAUGAGUUUUCACUGUGAAAAUUUUUGGGAUGGAAAAUUGGGAAGAUUUUGCCAUGGAAACCCAAGAAAUAUUGGAUAUUUUUCCUGGAGAUUCUACAAUGGAUCUCAUAAGGAAGCAAAUAUCACUGGAAGAGCCACAUGAAGAGCCCUGCAGGGAAAAUUUGGGAGAUGUGAAUGGGCAAGUGGGACAAGUGGAACCAGAAACGGCAGAUGAGCAGCCGACUGAGGGAAUUUGGUUGACUGAGCAGGAUUGCGAUAUUCAGUGUGAGAAUUGUGAGGAAGUGUUCUCUUGGAUGGAUUUUCAGAAGCACAUUUGCGAAUUUGAUGAGUACCAGAGGAAGAUCAAUGAGGAAGACAAUCGUGGGGAGUUCCUGUGUUCUCCUGUGAAUUUUCCCAGUGGUGAUGAACACCCUUGCUUUGCCCAGUUGCGCGAGAACAGCAUCAGGCUGAAGAAGUUUAUCAAGGAGGAGCUGAAGAUGGAUACCCAGCCAGUGGUGGCCAGUAAGAAGAAGGAUGGUCCUCAUGAUUGCAGCCUCUGCGAGAGGCAAUUUGUUCAUGCAUCGGGGCUUCUGAGGCACAUGGAGAAGCAUACCCUUGAGAAUCUGCAGAGAUCACAGCAAGGAGCCUCAGCUAUGUUGGAUUCCGAUGUUGCUGUAAAAUGCAAAAUUUGCGGGAGGAUCUUUUCCACACCCAAGGCGGCUAGGCAGCAUCUGGACUCUGAAGAUCACACUCCGGUGAACCAAGAUGUGGAAGAAUCUGAGACAGAAGAGUUCAUCCUGAGCGGAACAAACUUGACUUUCUCCAUGCAAGUCCUCAAGCAGAUGGCCUAUGGGGAGUCCAACUGGGAUAAAAAUCGCCAGAGAAGCUACUUGAGCACGGUUAUUAUCACUGAGGUCUUUCAGUGUGAAUUCUGUGAGUUUGUCUUUAUGGAAAAGCAGGAUCUGCUCAUUCAUGCUUCAAGCCAUGACCCAAGAAUCGGAUUUGUCUGCACAAGUUGCGAAAUUAAUACUUACACCAGCAAGGAUAUCCUCACACAUUGGCAGUUUGAGUGUCCAUUUACCAGAGAGGCUACACAGGAACAGAUUCGUGUCCAGAAAUUCUAUCUCUGCAAUGUCUGUAACUUGAAAUUUGGCACUUUGGAUGGUCUCUACAGCCACAGGUACAAGAACGUACAUUUGUUCCCUCGACUGUGCCAUGAUAUUGGUAUUCUGAUGGUUCUCUGUGAAUGCUGUGGCUUUCACUUCACCACUGCCAGUGAAUUCAUGCAUCACUACCAGGAAAAACAUCUGAGGAAGCCUAAAAAGGAAGUUCUGCCGAAGUGUCGUCAGUAUCUCUGCGAUGUCUGUGGGAAAUCCUACACUCAAUCUUCACAUCUCUGGCAGCAUUUGCGUUUCCAUCGUGGUGUAAAGCCGUUUGAGUGUCGCGAAGAAGGCUGUUCCAGGCGCUUCACCAUCCGUCCAGAUCUCAAUGAUCACAUCAGGAAGUGCCAUACAGGCGAACGUCCAUAUCACUGCCUCGUAUGUGGCAAGCGCUUUCUCACGGGCUCCGUGUACUACCAGCAUCGUCUGAUCCAUCGUGGUGAACGCAGGUAUGGCUGUGAGGAGUGUGGGAAGAGAUUCUACAGGGCAGAUGCCCUAAAGAAUCACCAAAGAAUCCAUACAGGUGAGAAACCUUUUGCGUGCAAUUUUUGCUCAAAGAAAUUCCGUCAGAGAGGAGAUCGUGACAAACACAUCAAAGCACGCCAUGGAGCUAUUGAUUGUGGGGUCAACUGGGGUGGAGGAGAAUUCAGGGCUAACUCAGAUUCAGUGUUUAUUGGCAAUCUUCCACUCCCAAAAGCUAUGUUUGCUCCCCUUCUUGCUGACAUUGAUGCUGAACAAUCCACCGAGAUGUGAAUUUGAUGUUUUCUGUUCCUAUUAUUCCCCAUUUUAAUUGUAAAAUAAUUUUAGAAAAUCUUUUUAUAAAAAUUUAUACCUCAAAUAUCGUGGUAACCGUUACAAAUGGCAAUUUGAAUUUUCCAAUGGCGAAUUUCGAACAUUCCAAAAAGCACUUCCAGUAAUUUUUACUAUGCAUUAAAAUGCAUUUUGUGCAAUUUCAAUAUGCGAUUGUAAUUAUUUUAUCUAUUGGAUUGAUAUUUUGUAGUAGAAAUUGUAUAAAAUUGAAGAAAUAAAAUUUCGCCGUAUAUUUCCACUGGAA